AUGAUCGUUCGAGAGAUCUCGCCGCUUUCAAGAGGACCAUCAAGAGGACCACCCAUCUUCGCCACACUCCUCCUUUCUCCAGCAGCAAGUUCGAGAGAUCUCGCCGGCUUCAAGAGGACCACCAUCUUCGCCGGACUGCCCCUAGCUCCAGGAAUAAUUCGAGAGAUCUCGCCGCCUUCAAGAGGACAUUCAAGAGGACCUUCUGGAGGACCACCCAUCCCCUGUAACAAGGUUUUUUUUAAUUAAUUCAAUUCAAAUUCCCAUUCUUGCCCCUUUUUUUGAGUUUGUGAAGCUGUGUUUUUUGAGUGACUGGGUACAGAGGUAGAAACUGUUGCUUAAUUUAAUGUUUUGCGUUAAUGUUCCUUUUUUUUAAAGUAUGCUUUUGCUUUGUCUUUGUUCCUUUCAUUUUCUUCUAUUGCAUUCUUCAUUUUGCUUUGCCUUUGUUAUUCUUGUUACUAAUAUGUUGCUGCCUUCCAGGUCAACAUUUUUUGGUUUUUUUUGCUUCCUACUAUUUUCAUUACUUUUUCUUUCUUACGUAUUUUUUCCUUUGCCAUUAACAUUGCUAGGUUGCUUCUCCUUUUUGCGUUGUCUCAUUAUAAUUUUCUUGCUUGUUUGUUUUUUUCUGACUAUUUUCUCUUGUAAAUUCCCUCUCAUCUCCCAUAACUCUCCUUCCUUUUUGGGGCCUUAAUUCACUUCUCUCAUAA